CCUCGCUGCAGCGCCCUAGAACACGAAGCCCCUUCCUCUUCUGCUUCCUUUCGCUGCUCCAGUCCGGAUCUUUAGGGUUUCGUCGCCGGCGUGAGGCGAAGAGAAACGAUGAGGGAGAUCAUAAGCAUCCACAUUGGCCAGGCCGGAAUCCAGGUCGGGAAUGCUUGCUGGGAACUCUACUGCCUCGAGCAUGGCAUCCAGCCGGAUGGCAUCAUGCCCAGUGAUUCUAGUGUAGGAGUGGCGUGCGACGCCUUCAAUACAUUCUUCAGUGAAACUGGUGCUGGGAAACAUGUGCCAAGGGCCAUCUUCGUGGAUCUGGAGCCGACUGUCAUCGAUGAAGUUAGAACUGGAUCUUAUCGCCAACUCUUCCAUCCGGAGCAACUCAUAUCUGGGAAGGAGGAUGCCGCAAAUAACUUUGCCAGGGGUCAUUACACAGUUGGAAAGGAAAUUGUUGAUCUGUGCCUUGAUCGUGUCCGAAAACUAGCUGACAACUGCACUGGCUUGCAAGGAUUUUUAGUCUUUAAUGCUGUUGGAGGUGGUACUGGAUCUGGUUUGGGAUCCCUACUUUUGGAACGACUUUCUGUGGAUUAUGGCAAAAAAUCAAAGCUUGGUUUCACUAUCUACCCUUCUCCUCAGGUGUCUACAGCAGUUGUGGAACCUUACAACAGUGUCCUUUCCACUCACUCUUUGCUUGAGCACACUGAUGUUGCAGUUCUAUUGGACAAUGAGGCCAUCUAUGAUAUCUGCAGAAGGUCUCUGGAUAUUGAGCGACCAACUUAUACCAACUUGAACAGGCUGAUUUCUCAGGUCAUAUCUUCCUUGACCACAUCUCUGAGGUUUGACGGAGCCAUUAAUGUGGAUAUUACUGAGUUCCAGACCAAUCUUGUCCCGUACCCUAGAAUCCAUUUCAUGCUCUCCUCAUAUGCCCCUGUCAUUUCUGCUGAGAAAGCAUACCAUGAGCAACUUUCAGUCCCUGAAAUCACAAAUGCUGUUUUUGAGCCAUCCAGCAUGAUGGCAAAAUGCGACCCAAGGCAUGGAAAAUACAUGGCUUGUUGUUUGAUGUACCGAGGAGAUGUUGUGCCCAAAGAUGUCAAUGCCGCUGUUGCAACCAUUAAGACCAAGAGAACAGUGCAGUUUGUUGAUUGGUGCCCUACUGGGUUUAAGUGUGGCAUCAACUACCAGCCGCCCACUGUGGUGCCUGGAGGCGAUCUAGCCAAGGUCCAGCGAGCUGUGUGCAUGAUCAGCAACAACACUGCUGUUGCUGAGGUGUUUUCAAGGAUCGAUCACAAAUUUGACCUCAUGUAUGCUAAGCGAGCCUUUGUUCACUGGUACGUCGGUGAAGGAAUGGAAGAAGGUGAGUUCUCAGAAGCACGAGAGGACUUGGCUGCCCUUGAAAAGGACUAUGAGGAGGUUGGGGCAGAAGGUGCUGACGAUGAUGAAGAACCAGAAGAUUACUAAAUGGUCAUGUUCGUUGUACGAGGAUUGCGUUUCUAUAUUUUUUUUUUUUUGUUUGUGUAUUACGUUCUCUUCCAUCAUGUGGGUUUGUGUUGGCUACUUGGGAUUGUUUAUGACGUUGUGCCACAAACUGCUAGCGAUUCAGUACUAUUUGGUAUGCCUCGUUGCCACACUUGUUCUCUUCUCAUUGUCUUUGUCUAACAAUUUGGUUGUAAUUGUUCUUUGCUUCUCGUGCUUAUUAUGCCUUGUUGAUUUA